AUGUCAAAGAACGACGAAAUUUUAACCGAUGAUUAUGUUGCGGACCUCUUGGCGCAAGAGGCAAGCGACUGCUCUCUCAAAUAUUCAGCCAUGGGUAUGGAAGCAUAUCGCACGAAUAAGAAACCUGCGAAUAUGAUGAAACCCAACACCCGAUUUCUACGACACAUUAUAAAGGAUACCGACAAUCACAACAAGGCGCUGCUAGCCAAAGAGGCCGCCGAGUCCAAGGCACGGCUCAAGGAUCUCGAGCGCACGGAAGAAAUCAAGCGGCGCAAGACAAACCCGAGUGUCCAUGAUAUUCGACGGCGCCAGAUGGGCGAUAUUCAUGCCAUCCUAGGCGGCAAGAAACGGCCAAGAAAUGAAGAUGAGGCUGGCCCUUCUUCAAGGAGAAAUUCGCAACGUACCGACAAGGAUCGAAAGCAGGAACGCGAACAUGACCAGAAAUCAGACGACCUUUUUACAGAUAAACGCAGCGAGCGGCGACGACAGGGUCGACUGUCGCGCGACGAUCGUCGCGGCAAGACUGACGAUGAAUCGAGACGGUCGGAUAGGUCACGAAGAGAUCACAGACGGCGCGAUAGAUCACGGAGCAGAGACAGAGCUUCCGAAGAAGAAGGGCAUCAUCGUCGCAGUCAUAAACGGAGAGACAGGUCUAGAUCACCUUCAAGCCGACGACGGUCUCGAUCGCCCAGGGAAUCUAGGAGUUGGCAUCGACAUCGAUCGCCUCUGGAAAAGAAUGAGGACCGCAAGCGGAAGGAAGAGGAAGAAGAGGGAUCGGAUGCUAUGGAAGAUCUGAUGGGACCCGCACCGCCCCCGAAAUACCGGGGUCGAGGAACAGUGGGAGGGUCCUCGGGUAUCGAUCGACGGUUUUCAGACACAUACGAUCCCAAGACUGACAUACAAAUGGAUGAAGAUGAGGUUGGCAAUGACUGGGAUGAUGCUGUUGAGGCGUUUAGAGACCGACAAAAGCUACGACAAAAUCAGGAGCAACGUCUAAAAGACGCCGGUUUUGCAGAUGAGCAAAUACAGCGUGCGAGUGGUGCAGAUGAAAAGUCUGCGGAAAGUGUGCAAUGGUCCAAGGCUGGGGAGAAGAGGGCUUGGGAUGUUGGCAAGGUGAUCGGGUCAGACGGAGUGGCCCAGCCAGAAGUUUAG